AAUCUGCAGAAUAUAUCUUUACAUUUCCGAACGAAACCGGAAAUCACGGUUACCAUGACAAUGACAGCCAUUUAAAACAAACGUCAAUCCAUUCAAUUUCAACUGUUGUUUAAACGCUAAUCGUAAAUAAAUUGUAACAAAACAACAUUCAAAUACCAAAAAAUGGCUGAUAAAACGAAAAUAUCGGCUGUGACAUCGAAAACAACGGUUAAACCGAAGCGUCCGACGACUGUGAGCGUGCCAACGACAUCGCGGACAAAAAUCGUUAGUAAAGACAAUAAAAAUGCUCCUCGGACUAAGAAAACUAAUGCGAACAUGACAACAAUGGAUCCUGAUGCAACAAUUUUAAAAUUAGAACAGCAAGGCUUCCCAGAUUUUGAUGCGGAACAUCGACAAAUUGCUUACGGAAAGUUUUUGCGUGCCAUGUUAGAAGAAUGCUUGGUAGACGAAAAAAUUGAACGCGAAGAGACUGUGAUUGAUCUACAAAUGUCUCAAUUAGCUGAUAGAUUCCAGAAGACUAUGGAUCAGUUGGAUAAAACUAGCAGGAGACUGAAAAAUAUAUCUUUUGUUGCUGAACAGAAGAGACUACUCGACUUAAAAGGCCAAGUGAACACGCAAAUAUUUGAUAUGACAGAAAAAUCUAAUGCUGGCAAACUACUUGAAGACCUUCAUUCAACAGAACAACGAUUCCUAGACAAAAUAGAACUCAAAAACGUAGACUUUGGAUAUAACAAUGUGUCUGGACAUAAACAACUCUUGGAUGCGGUUAACGAUGCCAUCGAUGGUCUAGAACAGAUUAAAAAAGACUCAAAUUUAGACUUAGACAAAUUCAAAGAAUAUGAGAAAUCUCAAAUGACUAUUGAAGAGCUAGAAAAAGAUAGAUUUGAUCUAGAAAGUUUAAAGUCUGAUUUUGAAACCAAAUUCCCUCGUUUAAGUGAACAGUUGUUCAAGGAAGCAUCGGAACGGAUUGCUAAGAUUAUUGACAACGAUAACGAUGAUGGUGAUGGUGAUGGUGAUGUUGAUGAUUGAUAACGAUGUGUGAUGUGAUCAUCACUCCUUUAUACUGGAAGUAAUGGUAAUAAUACAAUGAAUGUUUAGUUUUUAUUCCUCAUUUCG